AUGUACCACAAGGACUACAACUUUAUUGACGGCAGCGUCAAGUUCGUUGUGGAAAACACAAUCUUCAAGGUUCACCGUUUCUUCUUCGAACGGGAGUCUCAGUUUUUUCGGCACCUCCUUGCUGGACGUGGCUCUCUCACCGCGCCGUUUGUCCUUCCCGAUGUCAAGAGCGACGAGUUUGCGGCCUUUCUUUGGGUGUUCUAUAACCCAAACUACCUGCAAUAUAACACAAGCACCGAGAACUGGCGAGCUAUUCUCUCCCUAGCCAGUCUUUGGGACUUCACAGAAGUCAAGGCUCUGGCUCUCCACAAAUUGAAAAAAGGCGAAAUGGGCAUAUGGGACGCCGGCUUAACUCCGCCAGACCAGCAUACCGAAGCGACAACCUUCGAAGUCAAACCCAUCAAUAACAACAACAAGGACUCUGAAGGAGCUGCUUUCGAGUCAACUAAAGAUGUUAGCAGCACUCUCAAGACCAACAUUUCUUCCACUCUCCCUUCUGCCCUCGCCACUGCUCGCUUCAUCAAAGAUCUCAACUGCAUCACCUAUCCCGAAAAUGUUCAGAGCCCCAGGGCUGAACUCAAUGUCAGUGCUAAGGAUGGCAAGUUCCGAUACGAUUGCGCUUUCCUCCUUCAAUUCAUGCCGAUCUGCAAAGAGAAGCCCGACAACCUUCCUCCACUUGACGCUAUUGGUAUUGGCCCAGCUGACCAAGCAGCUAUGACGAGAACAUCGUCAAGAGGAGGCACUCACCGACCCGGCCGGACAUCAUCAAUGUCUGGUCCCUCUGGUGGAAACACGACGCCGGGAUUCCCAUUCCCUGGCAAGGGUCCAGCGCCGUUUGGUGGCAGCAUGGGUCAUUUCCGAGGCGCGGGUACAAAGCUCACGAGCGAAGAACGAUUCGCUCUCGCCAACGGAAAUCGUGCAACCAGUGUCUCUGGUCUUGGUCAAUUCCGUCCUGCGCAAAUGCAACGGACCGCAAGUCAGCCUGGAGUGGGUUCUGCUCUUGGAAGCAAGCGGACACGGAGUAAGCGGGGUGAAACUCGCGACAAACACAACUCCACACAAGCACUCACACCAUUAGCGGAAGCCGUCGACCAUAAAGUCAAGAGUUUACUCAACAAACUGGCGACGGAGAAGUUUGAUUCGCUUUCGGACCAAAUCAUUCAGUGGGCGAACAAGUCGGAGAAGGAGAAGGACGGAAGGACACUCAUCCAAGUCAUUCGACUGUUGUUUGAAAAGGCGAGCGAUGAGGCCAUUUGGUCAGAGAUGUAUGCUCGUCUUUGCCGCAAGAUGAUGGAACAAAUCAGCCCCAAGGUUCAGGAUGACGGUAUCAAGAAUGCCGAGGGCAAGCCCAUCGCUGGUGGUCAACUAUUCCGGAAGUAUCUCUUGAACCGUUGUCAAGAAGACUUAGAGCGCGACAGAGGACAAGGCAAGGCUGCUGCUCAAGAGAAGAAAAACGAGGAGGGUGGAAAUGGCGACUCAAAAAAAGACUCAGUACUCUAUGCAGAUGAGUACUACGCUGCGCAAAAGGCAAAGCGUCAGGGUCUCGGUCUGAUCAAGUUCAUCGGCGAGUUGUUCAAGCUCCAGAUGUUGACUGAGCGCAUCAUGCACGAGUGCGUGAAGAAGCUGCUCGGCAACGUCGAAAAUCCUGAAGAAGAGGAGAUUGAAAGUCUUUGCAAGCUCAUCUCCACUGUUGGUUCAUUGCUCGAUACGCAGAAGGCGCGAGCACAUAUGGACGUUUACUUCUCGAGGAUGAAGGAGCUCGCCAAGUCAAAGAGCGUCAGUUCGCGUAUGCAGUUCAUGUUACAGGACGUCAUUGAACUGCGAGAUCGCAAAUGGGCUGCCCGAUCAACACAAAUGGCAGCGCCGACUACAAUCCAAGGGGUCCACGAGGCCGCGGCUAAAGAAGCAGCCAAGGCUGAGACAUACCAACGGACAAUCAGCAUGUCUCGUGGUGGUUUACGGUGUAGUGCAGAACGAGGCGACUUCCAAGGGCCAUGGCAUGACAGUUGGACCAAUGUUCAAAGCAGUGGCAGUGGACCGCGGCCGCCACCCAAGGCUGGUGACCUUUCGCAAAUCGGCAAGAUGGGCAGCAGCAGCAAGGCCUGUUUACCUGGCCCGAGUAGCGUGUUCUCUGGGAGGAAGGAUGGCAGGCGUGAAUCGCUGUCGAGGACCAGUUCUAACUCCAACAUGUCGAGUAGCAACAUGUUCUCGAUGCUCAGCCAAACCGAAUCCUCUCCAGAGUCGAAGGCACCUGAACCAACCCAACGCAAACGUCUCAUUCCGGCACCUCGUUCGAAACCAACGGAGGAAUCAGCGGCGACUCCUGCUGGGUCAGACGAGAGCGAAUCUGAGUCGGAGGGCGAGGUAGCGGCAGAGAUGUCAGACGAAGCUGCUGACAGGAAAGUUGCUGAAGACUCGAAAGAGUUCUUUGCCAUUCGGAAUCUGGACGAGGCGGAAGCGUAUUUCUCUGCUCUUCCGCCAGCGCAUCACCCUCGGUUGGUGGAAAAACUGGCUGGAUCGGCGCUGGAGGCCAAGGAAUCGGACGCACAACUGGUGGCAGAUCUGUUUGGGCGGGUAUCCAGCAAGGAGCUAUGUUCGGCCGAAGCAUUUGAAGAAGGCCUUGCUCCUUUGGCCGAGAUUCUCGAAGACAUUGCUAUCGACGCGCCUAAAGCACCCAACUACUUCGCCCUAAUCAUGAAACUGGUGACGUUUGACGACGAAAGGCAGAAGAGGGUUGCAGAGAAGACUGGCGAUGUCGACAAGCUUCUUGCACACUCAUCGCUGCUUCAUAGACUGCAUUGA